AUGAUAAGUGCAAAUAUUUCAGCUUUACUUCCAAACAAAGUGGAUAUUAUUAAAACUAAGCCGUUAUCUGUGCAAGAAAAACCACCUGGAAUUCAUCCAACUAAAUUAUCUGCAAAUACAAAUCAGAAUAAGAAAUCAACUUCUCAAGAUACUGAAAUUGCGCUUAAGGAUUUUUCAAAUCAACCAGACUAUGAUUUACUAUCUCGCCAACCAGAAACAUUUGCUGAGGAGUCUUAUCAUGUCGUAGAUUUAGUGCCAAGAAAACGACAUGGUUUAAAAAAAACGGCCAGCGUAAAGGAUUUUCAUCCAGUGGGCCUAGUAACAACUUUGAGCGGAAAAGUGGCAAUGGAUGGCACUACAACAAUACAUGAAACAAGUGUAAUUGGAACUUACAUUUCAGGGAAGUAUGCUCAAGUACUUCAAAGUAGUUCACGAAUUUUAAAUAAGAGUCAUGUUUCAUCAUCAUUACCGCAGCGCGUGGUGAGAACUGAAAGUCCAACUUUAAGACAUUUUAAUGGACAAGGAGGAAAAUAUAAAACAAGAACUUCACAAGACGAGAGUAGAACAGUCUCAUCAUCGGAGUCAAGCGUACAAAACAAUAUUAGAAAACAUGGAAACAAUGGAAAGCAUAAACCAAAAGGCCAUCAAAAGAAUAAAAGUAAAUCACCAAGAAGUUCUAACAGAGAAAGUGAAUAUGCUUUAACAUCCUUCACAUCUGUCGAUUCAAGACGUAGUCCAUUUAGACAAAGACUUCAACCAUCGGCCAUAGCUCAAGUAAGUCCAACAGCAUCUGCAACCAAUAUUAAACUUCGUACUACAGGUAGAUGGCAAUAUAAAUCAUCUCUGAAACCAAAAGUUUACAUACGAAAAACUUCGGAAUUAUUUCCCACAAGUUCUUCAAUAUCUCCCGCGCUAGUAACAUCAUCAAUCGAAACUCCAGUGGCUGCAAUUUCUUCAUCUAUACUGGAAACAACGAUGAAAGCCUCCAUCACUGAAAAUGAAAAAAAUGCAAAUAAUAUUUCAGUCGAUGAAGAAAUCACAUCUUCAAUGCUGUACCCAGUUGAGACUCUCAAUAUAGAUAUAAUCACACCAUCAAAUUUCGAAGACGUGUAUUAUGAAGUCGCCACGAUCAAAACACCUUAUACCUUUCAAAUAGGCACCGUAAAAAAGACAAGAUACGUAACUGUAACUUCUACAACAGAAAAAUUGCUAGAAACGGAUUAUACGGACAAAUCUUCAAUAAAAGGUCCCUUGAUAGAAAACAUUUUGGCAACGACAACACAAAUAAAUCAAUUACUUCAGGAAAGCAGUAUUACAACAUUUCCCGCGUGUAAUCUCGUUGAUGCCACAGAAACUCCGUCGUUGGAUAGUUUUGUCGAAACUUACACUCAAUCGCAACUCAAGCUUAAAACUCAAGUUUUCCCUAUAGUUGUUAUGGAUAAAAAAACAAAUUAUCUGACUUUUUUGCAAACAUAUGACAUUACGACAGUCAUUACCUCAACAAAAACUACACCCGUUUGCGCUGGAAAUAAUAACUUAUAUGAAUUCAACAGUAAACUCGACGAAUCCGGCUCGGAAAUACACUUGGACCUUGAACUCGGUGAUUUCACAAAUGGUGUUCAAGAUGAGGGUAAUAGCAGUAUUUCAUUAGAAGCACCUUCUUCACUUUUCAGUGAAGAGGUUAUUAAAAAACCCAUUACUGGAGUACCAUCACAGAGUUUCUUCUCUCAGUUUUCACCUGAACAGUUGCAACAAAUCGCAUAUUUAAAAUUAAUUCAACAAAAUGCUCAGAUUCCACAACUUAUAGCUCCUACACCAGAAGCUAUACCAAUGAGUUCUCUGUAUGAACCGCAUGUUAUCCCAAUAAUACAAGGACAACAAACAAGCUAUCGCACUAUUUCGAAAUUAGCCUCAAGAGCACCAGUCGUUCAAACGCCUCAACCCCAGCCAUUUGCAUCUUUAAACCCAUUUGCCUUGCAACAACAGCCUCAAUUUAAGCUCAUUACCUCAGCAACUCUCUUGCCAACAGUCUUAACACAAACCUUAAGCAGAAUACUGAAACUUACAUUCGGAGCGAAAACAGCACUAACUACAAUAUUUUCAACAAAUGUUGUGUCCACGAACAUACCGACUUUUAUCACAACUUCUCUACCUGUUGAACCAACAGCUUCAUUUGGAAACUUUUUUCCUCCAGCAUUUCCCCAAUUCCCAUUUCUAGGUUAGAACAAAAUAUUUAAAAAUUCAUAAUAAUACUCAUAAUGCAGGUAUUUGGUGUUAUUAGGAAUAUGUAUUGUAGAUUGUGAUCAUUUUUUUAUUGGAGAUAUUAUUUUUUUUAUAUUAAAUCAUUAAGAAGAUACGUUUAUACAAUGUAUGUACAUAAUUGUUUGAGUAAUAUUAAGAUGUAAAUUUCAUGUAAUUUAAAUAUUGAAAAAAUAUGUUAAAAGGUCAUCAAAAUUUACGAAAAUCAAAGAAAUUUUGUUUGCUUUACUAAAUUCUUACUUUGGGUAAUGAGAACGAAGGCCAUCAGCGUCAGGAAACCUUAAACGGACUGGAUUUAAUUUUGGAUGAAACAUUUGAAGAAAAUUUAACCAGAUUCAGUUUACUGUUUAAAUAUCCGAACUAAAACAGGAUUAUAGCAAAACAAGAAACCCAAGCAACAUCUACUAUUCAUUUUAGUCUAAGAUCCCGCCUAGGAGGAUCUACCCUCAUCGUUAUACAAGUUGGAAGUUAUAUUUUCUCAAAGGUAGUGUCUAAAUAAAUAGUUUGUACAUGGGUUGCCUGGCAGGCGCGGAUCUAGAAAAUUGGUUUGGGGGGGUCACAGGAUUAAAAAAACUUACUUCCAAAAUAAUUUUAAAAAAAUGGUCAAGUGCUCAAAAUAUAUGCUAAAAAUUGCUAAAAAUAAAGAAAGAAAAUUGGGAAAGUAAUUCCGACUUUUCACGAGUCGAUUUAAGCCGCACGAUAGAUUACAAUAAAAGCAGGAUUUUGUUUGUUAUUGUUUCGCAAAUAAAUAUAAUGAUCUGAUCUGGAUCACGAGAAAAAUAAAACACAGCUUUUAUUGAUGAUGAAAACAAAUUUAAAGUUAAUGUAAACGCAAAAAUAAAAUUCUUAGGUCAACGCUUGUUUGUAAAUUGUUAAUAUUUAUAAAUGCUUCAUACACCAUUAAUUCUUUUGUUUUGCAACUAAGAAAUGUAUCCCAAUUCUCACAACUAAAUAAAGCUAAGAUAAAUUCUGUAUUCAACAGACAUAGAUAUAAAUGUUAAAAACUUAUCCUCGGCUAAAAAUUUAACCAAAUUCACACACGACAUAAAACUAAGACU